AUGUCUAACACUACGAUUGAACUGGAGAAAAAGAUUACAGAUUUAGAAAAAUGCAUUGAAAGUCACACCACCCAGGGAACAGUACUUCAUGAUGUUUUGGAACAAUACAAAGUGAAAGAGCGGGAAGCAUCACAGGCAUUAGCUGAUUCACAAUUUGAAAUAGCCCGACUAAAUGAAAUCAAUGACAGAAUUAAAUCAGAGCAUGAUGAGGAGUUGAAGCGUAUACAUCGUGAAUAUAGCGAAAUAGAAAAAAAAAUUUUCAUCCAAAAGAAAAGCGAAAUGGAGAAUUACGACGAUAUAGUAUUUGCUUUGCGUAAAAAAAAGGAAUAUUUGGAGAAAUCGCUAGCCGGAGCCGAAGAAAAAACGCGAGAACUUUCUUUGCGGUAUGAAAAUGUAAUGCUUGAAAAAGAAAACUUGCGUAUUCAAUUGGACGAGGAAAAAGAACGAUGUGAAAAAGAAAUGACUUCGUUACAGGAACAACUAGAUGCUAUUAAAGAACGAUAUGUUGAGGAAACUACGGAAUGGGAAAAAAUCCUUACUGAGAAAGACAGUUCGUACAAUUCGAAAGUAUUGGAAAUGGAGACUAAUAUGAAAAUGUUAAAUAAUAAACUCCAGCAAAGUCGAGAAGCAGAGUCCAAUUUGAGGCGAGAAAUAGUGGAUUUAAAUUUGCUCAUUGAUCGUGAAAAAGAUACCGUCAAAUUGACGCAGUCCGAAAUAAGCAGGAAAGACGAAGAAAUGAAGAUGGAACUGGAGAAAUUGGAUCAAGAUCGCCACAAAUGGGAGCAGAAAAUAAGGUUGAAAGAUGACGAGCUUGUGAAAGCACGUUACAGUAUUGAAAAUUUACAAACAAAAUGUUUGAAAUUAGAAAAGACGCUUCAGUCUGUUGAAAGCCGUUUAGAUAAAAAAACACAAAAUUUAUCGACGGCUGAAAAUGAACUGAAACAAAUAGAGAGCCGAAUUUCGUUACGCAUGAAUGAAGAAGCUGUUCUCAAAAGCAACCUUGCGGAUCGCGAACGGGAAAAAAAUGAUCUGAAAACACAACGAGAUGAAUUGAAAGUCUUAUUGCGAGAAGCCUGCAUUCAAGUCGAAGAAAUGAAAAGUAACGAAGAGGUUUUACAAAAAGAGAUUGUAAUAAUGAAAAGCAAACUGCAAGAUGAGGAGAAGCAAAUAAAAAAGUUAUCAAACGAUUUGAACCAGUUGGAAGAUGAGAAUAAGAAGCUGGAAGUAGCGUUAUCAGAGAAAACAAGCGAUUUAUCAACCUUGACAAUUGUAUUCAAACAGUCUGAAAACACACAAAAGCGGACGACAGAAGAAUUGGAAGAAGAAAGGCAAAAGAGCUAUGAAACCGAAAAAAUGAUAGCAGCUUUGCAAGCUGAAAAUGAAAAACUGUCACGUGAUCUAACCCAUACACGUUGUGUUUUGGAGCAAAAAAUAGCAACAAAUCAACAAGCAUUAAGUGAUAUGGUAGGAAACUAUAAGGCUACAGAAAAAGGUCGUCUUGAAGCUAUACGUCAAAAGGAAAGUAUUGUUAAUGAAGUAAGAAAUUUGAGAAAUCUAUUGGCUACUGAAGAUUCAAAACGAAUGAACGUUGAACAGAAAUUAGCAGAAUCUGAAAUGUUGCGAAAAGAGCUGGUAAAAAAGGUGGCACAUUUUGAAAAUAGUGCUAAAAGAGCAUUAAGUUUUGCAAAAGCUCGUAAUCUACCAAGAUUUCGAUCGUGUGUUUCAGAAAUGGAUACAAAAACUAUAAGUCGAAAUCUCUCACGAUCAGGUGAAGGAUCCCUACGUCGCAGCAGUUCAGCGUCUUUUACUCCUCAUGUACGCUUCGAUUUAAACUCUGGCAUCGAAUCGAUUUAUCCCGGCAGUUUGGAUAUAAGUUCAUCCGUUGAAAUAACGUUUCAACAUUUGAAGAAUCGCAUUGACGAGCUUGAAAAGGCCAGGGCUGAUGAAUCAACCAUCCUUGUUCGCUUGAAAGCUGACAAAGAAUGGAUGUCAGAGGAAAAUCGGAAAUGUCUAGAUAAAAUCCACUUGUUGGAACAGAAGCUAGUCGACCUCGAAGAAGAUAAACGGCUCUUGGAAUCACGUCUUUCAAGUUCACGGCAGCUUCUGGUUUCACAGGAGGAGAGCCUUCGAGCAAAAGAAACUGAACGUAAAGCACUGAGGACUCGAGUAACCAGCGCUGAUCUUCAUGUCCGUGAUAAAGAAGCUCGUCUUUCUUCUUUAAAUGAGCAAGUAGCAGCUUUGCAAAUCGAAUUAGCAGCAAUGAAAAAUGAGCGCAAAAAAUUAGAGGGAUCCCGAAUGAUAUGGGAGAAUGAGCGACUUUUAUACGAAUCGGCUUGUAAAGAUGCGGAGAAGAAGGUGCAGCAGUACUGGACAGAUAUGAAUUCAAUCAUUUCUGCAAAAGAGAAAUUGGAAGAACGCUUGAAUGAGACGGAACAUUUGCUUGCGAAAACACGACAACAGUGUGAAGAACUGGAAGAAGUGAACAGAGAGUACAGAAAUAUGCUUGAGCAGGGAAAGGUAGAUAAAGGGUCAGAAGAUCAGCGAAAAUGGGAUGAUCACUCAAAGAUCAGUGACUCGGAUUUGCUAUCCAAAUUAAGUGUAUUACAACAUGAAUACGACAACUGUUUGCUUCGAUUACGAGCCAGUGAUUUGGGAAAACAGUCUCUUAAAAAUGAUCUGGAUGAAGCAAGAAAUCGGCAAAAGCAAACAUCUCAUAGAAUUGCCAGCAUGCAACGUAAAUUGGAAGAGAUACUUAUGGAAAAGAACCGCUUACAAGAGCGUCUGAACAUCAUGGAACAGCAAGAAAAGGACAAUCAACAGAUGGAAAAGGAUAUGCGUACCGAAUUGGAAAAAUUGCGGACCGAGAAAAUCAUACUGCUUGCGGAGAAUGAAGAAUUAAAACGACGUUUAAGUAGAACUGAGGUGGAGCAUCGAGAAUUUGAUGCUUGUCGUGCACGUCUUGAAAGAGAACGUUUGGCCCUAAAACGAAACAUUGAAACAGUAAAUUUUACAUUUUUGACUAUUGAAAAAAGGAAGAAACAUCCUGUAUUUUUCAGGCCAUUGUCCAAUCCAUUAGGUUGA